AUGGCAAAGCAAAUCCCUUUCGCACUCAUCACGGGAUGUAGUAGCGGCAUCGGGAAGCAGCUUGCGAUAACCUUUGCAGAUCGCGGUGUUACUGUUCUAGCAACAGCGCGACACGUUAAGCAUCUGGAGGAUUUGACAAGUCAACAUGACAACAUCGAGGCCUUCCCACUCGAUCUCAGCUCUCCAAGCAGUAUUGAAACACUCAAAGAUGCCAUCGUGACGCGGACGGGUGGCCGACUUGACUUCUUAGUCAAUAACGCAGGGACCCACUACGCAGCAACGGCACUGGAUUUGGAGGUGGAAGAGGCAGUCAAGCUUUUUCAAGUCAAUGUCUUCGCCGUCAUGCGUUUGUGCCAACUCUUCGUGCCUCUACUUCGACGUUCACAGUGUGGCCGAAUCGUACAGAUUGGUAGUGUGACAAGGGACGUACCGGUUGUUUGGCAAUCUGCGUACAACGCUUCGAAAGCUGCUCUUAGUCAAUACACUAAGACUAUACGUCUGGAGCUUAAGCCAUUCAAUGUUGAAGUCAUUGAGGUUGUUACCGGGUUUGUCCGAAGUAAUAUUCUUCACCACGGGCUUUUCGCCCCAGACGACUCACUCUAUCUUCCUAUUAAGAGUACUAUUGAAGCUAUUAAGUAUGAAGGAAAUAAGAACGGAAUGCCAGCAGAAAAUUAUGCUGCAUCAGUCGUCGACAAGGUGAUGAGACAAAGAGUUGAUUCCGAGAUAUGGCAAGGCAGCCUAAGCUGGUAUAUUUAUUUUAUCGUUACAUUUCUUCCUCUGUACCUUUUGAAUUGGCUUCUCUUUCGCAAGUCUAACCUUCGACUUUUGAAUGAAUCCCUUGCACGUUGA